AUGGCGGCCAGACGUGUUAUGGCGAGCUCUGAUAUUAUUCCACCAUUAUUUGAUAAAUCUCGUAAAGAAAUAGUUAAUUCAUCAACUAUCGGUAUUGAUUUUCUUGGUAAUGCUUUAAGCAACGAUCUUAUUUACGAGGGCACACGUUUGAAAUGGUGCAAUGACUUAGAUUCUCUUAAGGCGUUUGUUGCCGAAGUGCUUGACCUAAACGGGAAAUGGUGUUCUCCUGGAGGUGGGUCUAAAAGGUUCACAAGCUCCAAUGCUGAACUAACUUUGACGUGGUAUUCAGGCAAGCAAAACACUUUAUUAUUUCAAGGCAAAGAUGGCAACCUAAUUCGGGAUGGAUGUGUCAAAUUCUGUCAGACACGGGACGGUGUUAUGAAGUCGAGUUGUAAACAAGUGCAAGCCCUGUCGAAAAAUUCAGAGUUACAGCGGGAUCUCAUUGCUCCAAAUAUUUUGGAAUCUGAGCCUACAUCUAUAUCGAGACCGGCCAACCAAGUUGAUGUUGCAUCACAGGUAUGUCUAGACAUUAUAGGAGAUAAUUCCAACUAUUUGUCGAACUGUCGCUGUUCGUGUGGCGUUCUAGCUGCUGACGUUGAGGGAGUUAAAUUAGAUAUUACUAUCCUAUCUAACAGAAUCGAUUCGAUUGCAAAUGCUAAUACUGAAUAUUCUCACAAAGAUAAAGAAAUUGAUCGUCUUCGAAGUGAACUAUCGAUUGAGAAGGCGAGAUCUGAAAAGCUUGAAUCUGAGUUGAGUUUGUUUGUGAAAGAACGAUCCCUUGAAAUUGAAAAGUUGAAUCAGACUAUUGUUUCCCUAGAGAAUAAAAUAAUUGAGCAUGAUAAAUCUAAUGCCUCCCUAAAAUUAUUCAUUGACAUUGAUCAGCAGAGAAUUUCCAAACCUCAAAUCCCUGAGCAAAGUAAUUACAAACAAAGUGCAUCUCCAUUUGCUGCUCCAAUGAAUAAUAACAAUAGUAAGAUUAAUAAAAACACACUUAUGAACAAAAACAACAGAAAUGGUCACCGAAACAAUGGUCAUCAUAACAACAGUGGGUUAAAUCAAUGCAAAUCUCAAAACGUCAGUUUACAACCUUUCAUCUCUGUUCCUGUAAAUAAUGGGGACCCUGAAAGUGUGCCGUUUUACGAUACUAAUAGGGACUUACAAAACAAGGCACUACAAAUCAAUCAAAUUGCAAAUAUGCCCGAAAAGCAACCAAUAUCGGAUUGGAUUGGUUCCCUACCGUUAAUAGAGAUACCUAUCCAAGCGAAAAAUAAUCAACAUAUUAAUAGAAAUACCUCGAACAAGCUUCCUUUUCCCAAGCGCCAUCGAACGAAACCACCAUCCUAUCGAACGGGCCAUCGCCACCAAUCCCUCGAAUGGCUGAGCCAUUUGGACAUUGUAUACCAACUGUGCAAGAGGUAGGAAACGUGACGACUAUGUCUAUUCCUACACGAAUUACUGCACGCAAAUCCCAACCAUUUUUUACAACUUACCAAAAUCACCAUAGACCUUGUGGCUCUGACAUACGAAAUCUGAAAAAUAUUGUCGUGCACAAACCUAAUGCCUGUAUUACAAAGUCUGUAAUGUCUUCAACAUCAACUUUAAAAAUAGGAAACAAUUUUCAAAAUACUAGGCUCAAAAUCGCUCAUCUAAAUAUCCGCUCACUUAAAAGCAAUACACAUCUUACCCAACUCAGAGAUUUGGCGCGUAGAGAAAAUUUUGACAUUUUAACAAUAUCUGAAACAUGGCUAAACACCAGUGUUUCGUCUGCCGAAGUAAGGAUAGACGGAUAUAAUCUUUUCAGAUUGGAUCGUCUUAAUAAACGCGGCGGUGGUGUAUGCACGUACGUUCGCAAAGAACUUAAAUCAUCUGUUUUAAAAUCCUUAACUUUCAUUUCCGAAGAAAAUUUCCAUCAACCAUGGAUAAAUGUCCAGUGCCAGAAAUUUAAGUCGCUCAUAAUUUGUGUAGCCUACCGACCACCUGACUGUCCUCUGCACUGCUUUGAACAUACAUUAAAACCAAAUUACAUGGAAGCUCUUGUAUUAAACAAAUCAAUCGUGAUCCUAGGUGAUCUAAAUUGUGAUGGAUUAAAGGAUAAUUGUGUAGAAUAUAAAAUUAUGGAUAGAUUUUUAAAUGAAAUGAACCUCACUCAACUUAUUAAAUCGCCAACGAGGAUCACUGAUGCAACUCAAUCAUUGCUAGAUGUUAUCCUAGUGUCGUCGAAGUCAAUA